AUGAGUAUCUCCUUUACUACGAAAGAAAUUUCGAAAACAAUUCUUUUAUUUAUUUUUAUUCCUUAUUCUUUUAUUCCUUAUUCUUUUAUUCCUUAUUCUUUUAUUCAUUAUUCUUUAUUCCUUGUUCUUUUAUUCCUUAUUCUUUUAUUCCUUAUUCUUUUAUUCCCUGUUCUUUUAUUCCUUAUUCUUUUAUUCAUUAUUCUUUAUUCCUUGUUCUUUUAUUCCUUAUUCUUUUAUUUCUUAUUCUUUUAUUCCUUGUUCUUUUAUUCCUUAUUCUUUUAUUCAUUAUUCUUUAUUCCUUGUUCUUUUAUUCCUUAUUCUUUUAUUCCUUAUUCUUUUAUUCCUUGUUCUUUUAUUCCUUAUUCUUUUAUUCCUUAUUCUUUUAUUCAUUAUUCUUUAUUCCUUGUUCUUUUAUUCCUUAUUCUUUUAUUCCUUAUUCUUUUAUUCCUUAUUCUUUUAUUUUUUGUUCUUUUAUUCCUUCUUCUUUUACUUCUUGUCCUUUAUUCCUUAUUCUUCUAUUCCUUAUUCUUUUAUUCCUUAUUCUUUUAUUUCCUUAUUAACAUUCUUGUUAAAAGAAUGCUUUCUUAG